AUGGUGAAUGGAUCUCGAAAGAAGAUGCUUGGGAGAAGUGAAGAAAGUGAAGAAGAAGAGCAAGAGGAAGGAAUCAACACCGAUAUUCCUGGAACUUACGCGACACGUUCGAUCGAUCCAAUGGAAGAAGUGACCCCAUUGGAAAUGAUUCCAUACAAUCCACCGCUUGGCCAGUGGCACGCCUGCUGUCUCGAAGAACUGUGUGAAAUGAAGGGGAGAGCGCCCUCCUUUUAUAGGGAUUCGUGCCUGUCAGGUCGAGACCGCCGUCUCGCCUGGCAAGGUCAAGACCGUCAUCUCGUCAAAUGGGACGGUGGUCUCACCUUUGGCAAAUGGCGAGAUGGUCGUCUCGCCAAACGGGAAGGCGGUCUCGUCAUAGCUAGUGGCGAGACGGCUGUCUCGCCUAUCAAGACGGUGGUAUCGAUUUGUCAAAUGGAGAGAAGGUCAUCUCGCCAAAUAGGAAGGCGGUCUCGCCAUGGCAAGUGGCGAGACGGCCGUCUCCCCAAACGAGACGGCGGUCUCGCCCUUUUCCGAUGGCAAGACGGCGGUCUCGACCUUUUAGGCAUGGGUGAGAGACCUAGAGGGACUUUCAUUACGGAUCCUAGAAGCACAUGUUGCCCUAAUUUUGACCUAAAAGAGGCUGCUCCCUUGCCUUGUCCUCCAAAACCAUGGCUUUUCUCGUCUAGAAGGUCAAUGGUUGACCUUCUCUUCCCUCAUGGAUUGUCCUUGCUUCAAAGGCUUGGGUCCAAAGAUCCUUUCCUCCAGAAAAGAUGGUGGACUUCAAAAAAGGGGUGCUCUUUA